UCGAAUGCACUUUCCAGUUAAGAAUGGACCGAUUGGUUGUGAGUAUUCUGACAGUGAUUGGCUUAGGGCCACCUCCACCAGGACUUCCGGGUAAUGGAAUAUACGUAUUCCCACCAUGUGGACAGUUGCCUCCACUUUGUAAUGGAUCAUUACCGAUGAUUCCACCGUGGAAACCUGGAUGCAAUGGAACGAUUCCAUUUCCACCACCAUGGAUACCAAAGCCACCUUGUCAACCACCCUAUCCAAGACCACCACCAUGUAAUACGAGUACGGACACAACAACAGAGUUAACUCCAACGACAUCAUCUCUUCCAAACACAACUUUGUCACCAACAACAGGUUCAAGUGACUCGACGACCAUUUCGCAAUCGACAACAGUGGUUGAUUCAACUACAAUCGACUCCACAGGUCCAACAGCAAACGAAACAACAGAGAGACCAGGAGACAAUGAAACAACCACUGAAGAAAAUUCAACGGCAACAGUUGUUACAAAUGGGGAUGAAACUUCCAUUUCUUCUGAUUCAUCUUCAGGACCGCAAGAAGAAUCAACAACAAACGAAUCAUCAAGCUCGCAAUCUAGUGAGACAACUGAAGGAACAGUGAUGACUGAAACAACCACUGAAGGUGGUUCAGCAACAACAGUUUCAACAAAUGAAAGUGAAUCUUCAACAAUAUCAGAAGGUUCUACCACUAAUGAUUCAUCAGCUAAUGAGACAACUGAGGGACCAGCGGAGAAUGCAACAACCGCUGAAGAUAGUUCAACAGAAAUAGGUGUGACAAAUGAAGAAGAAACCUCAACGUCUACUGAUUCAUCCUCAACCACAGCAGGAGAUUCCACAAGUUCACCAACAAGUGAUGCAACUGAGAGACCAGCAGAGAAUGAAACAACCAUUGAAGAUAGUUCAACAGAAACAAGUGUGACAAAUGGGGAAGAAACCUCAACGCCUCCUGAUUCGUCCUCAACAGCUGGAGAUUCUACGACAAACGAUUCAUCAAGUUCGCCAGGAAGUGAUACAACUGAGAGACCAGCGGAGAAUGAAACAACCAUUGAAGAUAGUUCAACAGAAACAGGUGUGACAAACGGGGAAGAAACCUCAACGUCUAUUGAUACAUCUUCAACAGCAGUGAAUGAAACAACCAUUGAAGAUAGUUCAACGGAAACAAGUGUGACAAAUGGGGAAGAAACCUCAACGCCUGCUGAUUCGUCCUCAACAGCUGUAGAUUCUACAACAAACGAUUCAGCAAGUUCAACAACUAUUGAAGAUAAUUCAACAGAAUCAGUUGUGACAAAUGGGGAAGAAACCUCAACGUCCACUGAUUUAUCCUCAACCACAGCAGGAGAUUCCACAAGUUCACCAACAAGUGAUACAACUGAGAUGCCAGCGGAGAAUGAAACAACCAUUGAUGAUAGUUCAACAGAAACAGGUGAGACAAACGGGGAAGAAACCUCAACGUCUAUUGAUUCAUCUUCAACAACAGUAGGAGAUUCUACAACAAGCGAUUCAGCAAGUUCACCAGUAAGUGGUACAACUGAGGGACCAGCGGAGAACGGAACAACCACUGAAGAUAGUUCAACAGAAAUAGGUGUGACAAAUGGAGAAGAAACCUCAACGCCUGUUGAUUCGUCCUCAAAUGCAGCUGGAGAUUUUACAACAAACGAUUCAACAAGUUCAACAACUACUGAAGAUAAUUCAACAGAAACAAGUGUGACAAAUGGGGAAGAAACCUCAACGUCUACUGAUUCAUCCUCGACCACAGCAAGAGAUUCCACAAGUUCACCAACAAGUGAUGCAACUGAGAGACCAGCGGAGAAUGAAACAACCAUUGAAGAUAGUUCAACAGAAACAAGUGUGACAAAUGGGGAAGAAACCUCAACGUCUAGUGAUUCAUCUUCAACAACAGCAGGAGAUUCCACAAGUUCACCAACUAGUGAUACAACUGAGAGACCAGCGGAGAAUGAAACAACAACUGAAGAUAAUUCAACGGAAACAAGUGUGACAAAUGUUGAAGGAACCUCAACGUCUAUUGAUUCAUCUUCAACAACAGAAGGAGAUUCUACAACAAACGAUUCAGCAAGCUCACCAGUAAGUGGUACAACUGAGGGACCAGCGGAGAACGGAACAACCGCUGAAGAUAGUUCAACAGAAACAGGUGUGACAAACGGGCAAGAAAUCUCAACGUCUCCUGAUUCAUCUUCAACAACAGUAGGAGAUUCUACAACAAACGAUUCAGAAAGUUCACCAGCAAGUGGUAUAACUGGGGGACCAGAGGAGAAUAAAACAACUACUGAUGACAAUUCAACAGAAACAGGUGUGACAAACGGGGAAGAAACCUCAACAUCUAUUGAUUCAUCUUCAACAAUAGCAGGAGAUUCCACAAGUUCAACAACAAGUGAUACAACUGAGAGACCAGCGGAGAAUGAAACAACCAUUGAAGAUAGUUCAACAGAAACAAGUGUAACAAAUGGGGAAGAAAUCUCAACGCCUGCUGAUUCAUCUUCAACAACAGUAGAAGAUUCUACAACCGGCGAUUCAGAAAGUUCACCAGCGAGUGGUAUAACUGGGGGACCAGAGGAGAAUGAAACAACUACUGAUGCCAAUUCAACAGAAACAGGUGUGACAAAUGGGGAAGAAAUCUCAACGCCUGCUGAUUCACCUUCAACCACAGAUGGAGAUUCCACAAGUCCACCAACAAGUGAUACAACUGAGAGACCAGCAGAGAAUGAAACAACCAUUGAAGAUAGUUCAACAGAAACAGGUGUGACAAACGGGGAAGAAACCUCAACGUCUAUUGAUUUAUCUUCAACAACAGCAGGAGAUUCCACAAGUUCACCAACAACCAUUGAAGAUAGUUCAACGGAAACAGGGGUGACAAACGGGGAAGAAACCUUAACGUCUAUUGAUUCAUCUUCAACAACAGUAGGAGAUUCUACAACAAACGAUUCAGCAAGUGGUAUAACUGGGGGACCAGAGGAAAAUGAAACAACUACUGAAGACAAUUCAACAGAAACAAGUGUGACAAACGAAGAAGGUACCUCAACGUCUAUUGAUUCAUCUCCAACAACAGCAGGAGAUUCCACAAGUUCACCAACAACCGUUGAAGAUAGUUCAACGGAAACAGGGGUGACAAACGGGGAAGAAACCUCAACGUCUAUUGAUUCAUCUUCAACAAUAGCAGGAGAUUCCUCAAGUUCAACAACAAGUGAUACAACUGAGAGACCAGCGGAGAAUGAAACAACCAUUGAAGAUAUUUCAACAGAAACAGGUGUGUCAAACGGGGAAGAAACCUCAACGUCUAUUGAUUCAUCUUCAACAACAGCAGGAGAUUCCACAAGUUCACCAACAAGUGAUACAACUGAGAGACCAGUGGAAAAUGAAACAACCAUUGAAGAUAGUUCAACAGAAACAGGUGUGACAAACGGGGAAGAAACCUCAACGUCUAUGGAGAAUGAAACAACCAUUGAAGAUAGUUCAACAGAAACAGGUGUGUCAAACGGGGAAGAAACCUCAACGUCUAUUGAUUCAUCUUCAACAACAGUACGAGAUUCUACGACAAACGAUUCAGCAAGUUCAACAACUACUGAAGAUAAUUCAACAGAAACAAGUGUGACAAAUGUUGAAGACACCUCAACGUCUAUUGAUUUAUCCUCAACCACAGCAGGAGAGACUACGACAAGCGAUUCAGGAAGUUCACCAACAAGUGAUACAACUGAGAGACCAGCGGAGAAUGAAACAACCAUUGAAGAUAGUUCAACAGAAACAAGUGUGACAAACGAAGAAGGUACCUCAACGUCUAUUGAUUCAUCUCCAACAACAGCAGGAGAUUCCACAAGUUCACCAACCAGUGAUACAACUGAGAGACCAGCGGAGAAUGAAACAACAACUGAAGAUUAUUCAACGGAAACAAGUGUGACAAAUGUUGAAGGAACCUCAACGUCUAUUGAUUCAUCUUCAACAACAGCAGGAGAUUCUACAACAAACGAUUCAGCAAGCUCACCAGUAAGUGGUACAACUGAGGGACCAGCGGAGAACGGAACAACAGCUGAAGAUAGUUCAACAGAAACAGGUGUAACAAACGGGGAAGAAACCUCAACGUCUACUGAUUCAUCUUCAACAACAGUAGGAGAUUCUACAACAAACGAUUCAGAAAGUUCACCAGCAAGUGGUUCAACUGAGGGACCAGCGGAGAACGGAACAACAGCUGAAGAUAGUUCAACAGAAACAGGUGUGACAAACGGGGAAGAAACCUCAACGUCUUUUGAUUCAUCCUCAACCACAGCAGAAGAUUCAACCACAAACGAUUCAACAAGUACACCAGUUAGUGAUACAACAGAGGGAUCUGGAGAUAGUGAAACAACCACUAAAAUUGAUUCAACUACAACAGAUGAGACAAGUGAAGAAGCUUCCAGCAGUACUUCAACAUCAACUACAACAACAGUUCCAUCGACAACUCCUGAAUUCGAAGGCAAUGCGGAUAGUCUGCCCUUUGACAAUCCACAUUUCGUGUCCCAACGAAGUGGUAUUGUACAAUUGCAAGAAUGGAAGUUCCUUGAUAUUGCCAAAGAAUGUGAAGACUACCUGGGUCCAAAUGGCUUUGCUGCUGUUCAAACGUCUCCUGUCAACGAAAACCUCAUCAUUAAAGGCCGGCCAUGGUACGAACGUUACCAACCGCUUUCGUACGAAGUGCGAACACGUUCGGGAGAUGCCAAAGAUUUCCUUGAAAUGACACGCAGAUGUCGGAAAGUUGGAGUAAUAGUUUAUGUUGAUGUGGUUACUAAUCACAUGACAACCAAUGCCCCAGUUCCAGCUAUGGGAACCGCUGGUUCAGUUGCUUAUCCAAGCGCAUUUUUCUACCCAGUUGUUCCCUACAAUGUGACACAUUUCCAUCAGCCAACUUGUCAAAUUAAAGACAAUACCAAUCCUAUUGAGGCUCGCAUCUGUGAACUCAAUACUAUGCACGAUCUCAAUCAAAGUAAUUUACAUGUCCAGGUAACUAUUUCAAACUUCUUGAACUAUUUAACGGCUAUCGGUGCCGCUGGAUUCAGAAUUGAUUCAGCCAAAUACAUCUACCCUAAGGAUUUGAAGAAAAUAUACAGUCGUCUAAAUCCACUGUCCUCUAUGUUUGGAUUUCCCGAUAAUUCCUUCCCAUACAUCUAUCAAGAAGUCAAUGACAGCUGGAAGUUCAACUACACCCACCUGGGAGCAGUCACAGAAUUUUCACACGCCGCAAAUAUGGCAGACUUCUUCCAAAACAAACUAAAGCCAUCAAGCCUUAAGAACUAUGGUGCAGCAAGUAUGGGAAUGUUGCCCAGUAAGAGCGCACUAACCUUUUUAGACAACCCACAAUUACAACGUUCAAAUCAGAACACCUUAUCCAUCAAUUCAGCCCGGGAACUUCGAGCAGCAUACGUCUUCACCUUGGCUCAUCCGUAUGGUGUUCCACGGAUAAUGAGUUCCUUUGAGUUCAAAUCGAAUGAAGACGGGCCCCCUAAGGAUAAAUCUGAGAACAUUGUCAGUCCAAGGUUUGAUUCGAGUGGACAGUGCAGAAAGGGUUGGUCCUGUGAACAUCGUUGGCCAGUAAUUUCAAAUAUGAUAGCCUUCAGUAACGUAGUAGAUGGCACCGAAUUGACCAACUUCAAGGCCGAUGACACCAAGGGAAUCGUUUCGUUCUGCCGAGGCAAGAAGGGUUUCGUUAUAAUAAGUUCAGGCAUCAAGGACUUUAACGAAAGAGUCGCUACAUGCCUCCCAGCAGGAACCUACUGUAAUGCCGUAACACAAAGACGAGUUUCGAAUGCUUGCGAAAAGGCAGCAAGAGUUGUUGUACGUUACGAUGGAACUGCAUUGAUUAAGUUGACCAAGAAAGGCUCCGAGCUGGCUGUAGCUUUGCAUAUUGGAAAUCUAGAAGCUGAAAUUAGGGAAACAGAAACGACAACACCCAAGAGUUCAGGAUUACUUGAUCCACUUUGGGAUCUGCUGGGAAAAUAA